GAAUAGUGGUUGUUACAUAUUCCAGCACAUUAACGAACGAAACAUGGAAAAUAUCCUGGAGCCCAGCAGCUCCGACGAUAACAUGCCGCCGGAUAAUAAGAAAGAUCUGCAAUCAUUGCUGUCUUCGGAGGAUGAUUUUUUUGACCCACCACCGUCGUCUAGCCGGCAGGACUCAUCGGGCAACGAGGAAAAAUCCGACAUGAAGACAGAGUUCGAGGAUAUCAUUAUGCCUGAAAUGGGACAUGAUAACAGCAUCAUCCUAGAUGACCACAAGGAUCUAGUGCGUGACAAACGAAAGGAAACUAAGAGUAAACGCGAACUUGAGGAAGAAGAGCGCGAAAAGAUGCAAGUGCUGGUUUCAAAUUUUACAGAAGAGCAACUCGAUCGAUAUGAAAUGUACCGUCGUGCAGCAUUUCCGAAGGCGGCCGUAAAACGUUUGAUGCAAACCAUCACCGGCUGUUCCGUCUCACAGAAUGUGGUAAUUGCCAUGUCCGGCAUAGCGAAAGUAUUCGUUGGAGAAGUGGUCGAAGAGGCACUGGAUGUGAUGGAACGAUCUGGAGAAACUGGCGCCAUCCAACCCAAAUAUCUACGUGAAGCUGUUCGCAGACUACGUAACAAAGGGCACAUUCCGACUGGUCGUGGACACAAACAGUUUUUCAAGCUAAAUUAAUUAUAAUGUUAUAAUAUAAUGUUUU